GACCUCUGGCAGGUUACACGAGUUUAUUUUCAGCGAUUUUGUUGGAGACGGGUCAUGAUGGUGUAAACUAACCGUGACCAAGCCUCGUGCCAAGAUAACAAUGUUUUUCCUGGACUCUUAAAACCUCAGUGGAAACGUCUCCGGUGAACCGAGGUUUGGAAUUUCGCGGUGACAUGUGAAAUGUUGCUGCGUGGAUUGUCGGUAUUUCCAGGCGGCGACGGACAGACCAAGCCAGGCUAGUGUAGCUAACUAGCAGCUCGGCUAGCUCUCGUUAGCCUCUCCGCUGGCUGAGCGUGUUGUAGUGUUGACGCAGUGUUUAUCGCGGCUUUGCUUGUUUGUAAGUGUCCGGUAAUAUCAUCUACAGCCUCCUAAGUUUCACACCGGAGUGCUGUUUAAGUGCACAGACAGGGCAGCGGGGCAACUUGGCUAAUGUUAGCUACUUUUGUGCGCUGUACACCGCUGUGAAUGAGAGUGAUUUGUCCCUUAAGAUAGCACUAUCCACCAUCAAAUAAUCAUUUUGACAUCCGGUCCGUUCACAUUAACCAGACCCAGUUAAAACCGGUGCUGAAAUGCAGCGCUGAUACAUGCUAUCUGUUUGCUAGGAGCUCACGUCGCACUACACCAGUCAUAUUGUUUUGGCUGACAUGGCAGCCAGCGGAUACUCUGACCUGAGGGAGAAGCUGAAAUCCAUGACACCACACAGAGACGAGUACAAAAAUAAAUACGUGGACGGGACGAGUAACGGCAGCGGGAAAGGUCGAAAGCGCAAGAAUCGGGAGUCCGACGACGAUGAAUGUGAGUACAGCGAUGACAGCGCGGAGCUCCGGGAGCAGGAGGCCCGCCGGGUGAGGAGCAGCAUCCUACAGAAGAGCAUCUUCACACCGGAGGAGUGCGCCCUCAUCGAGGAGAAGAUCGACGAGGUGGUCGCCAACGGAGAGGCUGGACUUUACCGAGAGCAUACUGUAGACAGGGCACCCCUCCGUAACAAGUACUUCUUCGGGGAGGGGUACACGUAUGGAGCCCAGCUGGAGAAGCGUGGACCGGGUCAGGAGAGGUUGUACCGGAAAGGAGAGGUGGACGAGAUCCCGAGCUGGGUGCAUGAGCUAGUGAUCAAGCGGCUGGUGUCUAAUGGAGUGAUCCCAGAAGGUGACAGUGCACUCUGCUUCGGCUGCCGCUUCCAGUUCAAACCAAUCCGGGUGUCAGAGCCAGUGUUUGUGCUGCCUGUGAGGAGAGGCAGUGUCACAGUGCUCAGUGGCUACGCUGCAGAUGACAUCACCCAUUGUAUCCGGCCCCAAGACAUCAAGGAACGGCGUGCCGUCAUCAUCCUUAGAAAGACAAGACCCGAUGCUCCUCGACUGGACUCUGACAGCCCUUUAAGCUCUUCCCCUGCAGAGAGACCCGCUCCUCUGAAAGCCAAACGCUCUCAUCGUAAAGCAGACCCUGAUGCUGCUCACAGGCCGAGGGUUCUGGAGAUGGAUAAAGAGGAGAACAGACAUCCUUCACUCUCCCGUCAUCGUCGUCACAGCGGCAGCUCAGAGAACUACUGGAGGCGUGGUCAGGACUACGACAAACACCGGGAGAGUUCAGGACGCAAAGUCAAAAUGAGACGUCAUUGAGCACUACUCACUCACACAUGUACACAUAUAGAUAUACUCGUUCUUUUAUGUAUUUCAGUCUUGUAACAUUCUUUGAUCAGACAUCAUUUUCUCGCUCCAGUUUCUGUGUGGCACAAGGAGCACAGUCAUCAUGCCGUCUGCAUUUUGAUUUGAGUCUGGAUCAGUUUGAGUGUAUAUUUGUUUUUGGCAGAUGAAGCUGGAGUCUCUGCUGCACAUUAUAGAACCUCAAGUUACUUACUACAGUUAGAGUCUGUUGUUAAACUGUUCAGUUACCUUAAAUUAAACAUUUUUUGUUUCCAUGUUCAUAGAUACUUCAAAAUGGCAUGUAUUUUUUGUAACCAAGAUGUACAGACCUUAAGAGCUAAAAGGAAGAUGUACGUAUGGACUUGUACAAAAGAAAACCUGAGCUGUAAUCUAACUUGUUAUAAUGUACAAUACGUUUGUAUAGUCUUUGAUUGGGGGAACUUUUAUGCAGAAUGAAACCUUUUAUUUUUUUGUUGCACCUACAUUUUUGAUCCAUAUUUUACUGUGCCAUCCCAGAUCUUUGCUGUUUGUUCACUUCAGCCUCUCUGUUGCAAUUUAAGUUGCAACAACCGGCGGAUGUCCAAUCAUGCUUUCUGUGUUAUGAUUUGAUUCAGCCACGUAGCUCCUCUUGGUGAAGGUCACAAUAUGGUGUAUCAACUAAACUGAUGCUGUAUGGAGUGAUGAAGUACUCAGGCCUUGUGUUACACUCUUGUUUCAAGCUGAAGUUCCUUGACCUUAUAUAGUGACACACCAUGUUAUUGCUGUUCUCUAUUAAAUUUAAUUUUCCUCAUUCACAUUGGGUGAUAUUUGGGUCAGUCAGAACUUAAUUUGGGUAAAAACAACCCUGUUAUGUCUUUUUUAACUUUGGUCUAAACAUGUGACUAGGAAGAAAUUCAAUUUCCAGAUGUAUUUGUCCUUGUGGUUUGCUGUGUAAACACAGAUAAAUUUGUUUCUUGCUACCAGUCAGAGGUACUCAUUAGCUGACUACUAGGUUUGUCUAGAGUCGCACAUGAACAAAAAUAACCUCUGUUCAGAGGAGAAAUAACUUUCUAAAAACAGAGUGGUGUUCAUGGUUUUCUGAAGCUCUGCUACUGUUGUGAACUUGAACAUCUUAAAGUUAAAAGUAAUGGUCUGCAAGAGCCAAACACUGGAGCUCUUCUGACAGAGAAUGGUACACUGACUUUGUGGGCAGUGGUGGCACAUUAAGUGGUUUAAUGGGUUUCAGUGGUCACAUUUUUGACUCAAAUGGUGCUGGCCUAUUGGAAUAAAGCUGAAAUUGUCUCUA